AUGCCUGCUUCCCCACACCAAUCCGGAUACUUCUAUGCCCAGCAAUUCAAUUUCAUCAACCAAGAAAACGUCGGAUACGCUGGUCUCAAACCAGACUCGGAUUCCGGCUCUCAGUCCAUCUUUAACGCUGCCUUCUACAGCUUCGGCAGUGGAGCCACCUCGAACGAUGCGAACUGCCAUGAUGGUGCUGACGGUGGUCCCGGAGUGAGCUGUGAAGUCCAGGUCAAAGCCAACUAUGACCAUGGAUACCUGUUGAGGAUCCAGAACACGGAGGGUACGACUUGGACUGGUACUUUGGUUGAUGCCGUUACGGGAACUGAGACUCGUAUUGGCUCGUAUACGCUGCCGCCUGGCUCGGAGGGUAUCAAGGGCUCGCAGAUUGGCUUUGUUGAAUAUUAUCCUUGGAACACGGGCAGUCAUUCUUGUGGUAGUUUACCCAAGACUUCGGUGACUUUUGGGGCGCCGACUACGUCGAGUAGUAACUCCGGAAGUCUGGAAAAGCCUUAUGAGUUUGGUGACUGUGUUGGUCAGGUCGAUUUUUCGACUCAACAGACUGCUGAUGGUUAUGAGGUCAGCGUGGGUUUUUAG